AAAUUGUCAGAGGUGGGUAUCUCGUCGUGUUAGGACGCCCCUUCUGUUAACGGAGAGAAAAAGACAAUAGUCGACACUGCACUGGACCGCAACACGUACUCUGAAACCUUACCUGCCUCAAUAAAUAAAUGCCUAGCGAAGGCCUCAAAGAAAUAAAACACGCAAAAAACAAGGAUCACUUUUCACACAGACACAGAAGCGCCAUUAAGCACCAGGAUAAAGCGCACGGAACCACGUCGCUUUUGCCUUCUCAAUGCAUACCCUUCGUGCUCGGGGAACGAUGAAGCCAGAGAUAAGCGCCGCCGUCGGAUUUCUGUCGAGAUUUCUGCGGAUAAAGGGACAUGUAAACGACCGACAGCUACAGACAUUCAGCCAAACUCUACAGGAUAUCUUGGCAGAGCAAUAUAAGCAUCACUGGUUCCCAGACCGUCCAUGUAAGGGCUCAGGCUACCGCUGCAUCCGUAUAAACCACAAGAUGGACCCUCUGAUAUGGCAGGCAGGCCAACGCAUCGGCCUGACCAUCCAGCAGCUCUACCUGCUGCUCCCCAGUGAGCUUACCCUCUGGGUGGACCCCUUCGAGGUGUCCUACCGUAUUGGGGAGGAUGGCUCCAUCUGCGUGCUCUAUGAAUCUCAGCCAGGGGCCACAGGCAAUCCUGCCUCAGUUGUCCCAACAGCAACCAGCAACCCUGCCCCUGGCUCUGCCUCCAUGCCCUCACUGAUGGACAGUCACAUCAGCUGCAAGGAGGAACUGCUGCUUGGCAGAACCAGCCCCUCCAAGACCUACAUGAUGACUGUGUCCAGCUAAAGGGUGCAGAAGUGAAGUCGUUUUUAAGAGAGAAAAAAAGAAAAAAAAAAGGAAAAAAAGAAAAGAAAAAAAAACAGAGGAUGUGGCCUGUCGUCUAGGUGAUGGAAACCCCAUGGGUUUAAUUUCGCUCUUCUGUCGUGUUCGGAUCUAUCUGAGAGGCUUUAUUUUUUGGGGGGGGGGGCUGUGCGGGGUGGACCCGGGGCAGCUAUGACCACCUGAAGCCUCGCUUCUUUGCCAAGAAAAGGGGCGGGUCUGUAACCUCAUGCCGCCAGUCUUGUCAUCUGUUAUCUGUUCACUUAGCACUUUCGUUGACAAGGUUUUUAGUUUUGUCACACCAUCACAGACAACAUGACUCCGUUUAACAGCGAAAAGGAAUUUCAGGAUGCUAAUGUUUUGUUCAUCUCAACAACAAUAACAACAACAACAACAACAACAAAAAUGGAAAAAAGAAAAAAAAAAGAAUUACCAGUUCUGGUUUCUGUGGUGGUGUGUGAAGUCCAGAGAAUGUUACUGGCUGUACCAGCUCUGAGUAAACAACUGCAUCUAGCCUCUUUUCUAAAGUUAUGCUCUUUUUGGACCAUAGGAUGUUUUUUUUGCUCUUUAAGGAGCUGGUCCACCUUUGCUGUUCUCUGAGACCUCUCUCACCUUCACAGAAAGGUUCACAAAUCCGUUUGCAUAAUGGCAGUGUAUUGGAAAUAAGUGUCAUGGGUCAUAGGACAGUAAGUAUACAAAAAUACUGUCAUAACAAAGUAUAUAGCUUUAUGCUUAGACAGGAGCUUUCAUCCCUUUGAGUGAAUGUCAUUCAAGAAAAAAAAAACCAUACGAAAAAACAAUCAGUUUAUUUAAAUUUAUCCCCUCUUCUCUGUAAUGAAUGAAAAGUGUCAGACUGAAGUUCUCAUCCCUAUCACUGCGAAAAGUGGGGUAUGUAUUUUAACUUUAAUUUCCCCAUAUCAGAAAUUAGUAUUUGAAUGCACUUCAAAUGGGAUGUACACUUUAGGCAAAAAUCAGCACAUUCCAUCCUUUUGAAUGUCCUAACUAUGUCAGCCCUUGGCUUUUCUAGUUUUUGUAGCUUCUCACUGCUCAUUUUGUAACUAACUGUUUAUCCAGAGAUAACAACUUCAGACAUUUGUAUUUGAAAACAUUUCAGACCAGUUCUUUUCUGUUGGUAACGGUGGUAUUUUAACCUUUACGGACUCGUGUUAGUUGUUUAGAAGCGUUCAUUCUUGACUGUCUUUAGCAGGAGUGGGUUCAGGUAGAACUGAACACAGAUGAAUUAGCCGAUUCAUCUUUUUGGAUUUAGUGUUGCAUAGAGACAAUGAGAUACUGGCUGCUCCGUUAGACUGACCCAAACCUAUACAGAACGGCCCGUGUCAUUCUUUCUAAGGCCUCCUGGGCAGAGAGUGUGGAGGAGGGUUAGAGCCUCGUCCCAUUCAUUCUUUAUCUCUCUCUCCGUGUUUUCACUUAUGGAGGUCCAGGGCUCAACCACGACGUAUGUGUCUUCAGACCAGACUAUACCCUCCGUCAAGGUGCUCACCCUCUUCAGGAGAUGUUGAGGCUGUAUCGCCUCCCCAAAGGCAGGUGUUGUGACACUCCCAGCCUGACCCUAACACACUCUGAGCUGCUCAAAGUGCACAGUUACACAUAUCACCCCACCGCCAUCCACCAGGCAGGAGGUAAGGAGGCCGGACCCCAGUCCAGGGCAGCUAGAAUCCCCUACACUUCCCCCUACCCGGCCCCCCUACACCACUGCCUGUCAGGUGGAGAGCCAAACCAGCACAUGCAUGCUUUUAAUGCACUAAAUCCAGCCUUAGUUAAGAGCUCAGAUAGGUGGUGAAGGUUAUGGGCAAGGGGUGGUGACACAGAGGACCUACUGUGGGUGAAUGUGUAUGAGUGUCUGUGUAUGUGUGUGUUUUAGCUAGAGGAAGAGAGAGAAGGAGAACCAGUCUGACGCUGUCUCGUUUGCCGCUCUAAGCUGUUAAAGUGCUAAGGACAUGGCGAUGCUGAUUAGUACUAAAUGUGUGUUAAAACCCUUAACCCAGAGGAUCUUGGGUCAUGGGGCUUGGCUGUUGAUGCACUGCUCCCCACCUCCCCUCUGCUGGUGCUCCGUCUGAUUUCUCUAAAGAGCAGAGACUCCAUUUACGCCAGCUGAGUGGCCACACACCAGCUUUACAUCUUUAACUCUCCUCUCAAACUAACAGUCCAGUGUGACUACACUGGUGCUCUGAUACAGGUGGUCCAAAGUUUUAGAUCUAGCCUAACUGAAUUCGUACAGACAGCGAUUUUAAACUUUCAUAUUGACAUUACCCCCUAAUAACCGAAGCAUUGACAUUGUGUUUAUUAUUCUGUGAUACUGAAACCUUUUGUGUUCUGUCAGUGAUUGAGCAUGUCGGUUUUCUGGUUAGCUUUUGCUUUUUUUGGAGGAAAAAAAAGUGUUUGGAAAUAGUUUGAGAAGUUGAGAGCACAUGAAAUGCACUAAAAAUGUAAAUGUUGAAGUUACGUGACAUUAAGACACCAAAGUGUCUUGACAGGAAUGUACUGCCAAACUCAGGCCUCAGAUGUUCAGUGAAAACCUUUUCUCUGGGAGGCCACACGCAGGCGUGUUAAGAUGUGAAAAAUAGAAGGGAAUUAGUGGUUUUGUGGUCACAUCAAUCUUUUUCAUCCAUGAUUUGAAAUUAUUGCCACUUUCACGUUUCAGAGCUGUUUCGACAUUUCGUAGGAAUGUAUUGUAAUUGUACUACAUAUGGUAGAAUAUGUACAUGACACAUGGAAAGUGCCAAUAAUUGAUAUUUUUGACAUGUUAGCUGUUGUUUCCUUUGCUAUUUCAUAUUUUAACAUGAAAUUCACUUGUGUUGAGUGUUGGCGAGGACCAAAGCUCUUUUGGUAAAAAAAAAAAAAAAAAAAAGAUAAAUACAUAAAUAGAAUAUCAGUUUCCAUGCUCUGAUGAUAGACUUAUCCUUUGUUUUUUUUCUCUUUUUUACUUAUAAAACAAACAAAAAAAAGCAGAAAAAAUCUGAGCUACCCAAGAUGAAAAGCUGUCUCUCUCCUGUGAUUUUUUUGUCAGUACAUCAUUUCUUGUGUUCCUUUUCUUUUUCUUGGGUAUGUCUUGAUGAACUGCUGUAAAUUUGUACAGUUCAUGUAAAUUGAUUAUUCGGAAGUUGUACAGAUUUCUAUAUUUUGGAAGAAAAGGUUUUUUUUCUCUGUAAUAAAAAGAUUUCCUAUCUUGGCAAUGA